GGCCAUCAUCAGCAGCUGUCAUGUCAGACAGGCGAAAGCUUGCUGCCCCUCCUGGCGUGGGGGCUGGUAAACCUGAUCACCCCUUUGCAGUCACUGUUGAAGACCCAGUACCUAAUGCAAUCGUACCAGAUGGGUACGGAAUCAAGUACCACGCGUACCACACAAUCACUGAGGGUGUCUUCCUACCAGCAGGCACUGCGCUGCCUGGGGGUGCAGUGCUCCCAAUGUCCAGUGUCGCAGACUUUCCUAUGAUAUUACCGCUUGGAACGAAACUGCCGGGUGGUGUUAUGGUGCCUGUGAGUUGCAAUCAGCGACUUCCUCGAUGCUGAUCAGCCGGCUGGGAACUGAAAAGAUCGUCAUGGAUAAAGUGGCCAAGCCAGGGCCUCCCGCUGCCAAAGUUCCUCCAGGUCCCAUUUGCAGCAUACAGUAGUAAAUUGAUCAGUGAUCAAAGGAUUAAUGAAGAUAUAAG